AUUUAUUAUGCUCCUGUGUCUAAUGCAUGUUUUGCCAAUCCUUAUUAGCCUAUAUAAACGAGAAGUAAUGAUCAUAACAAAGUAAACAAAACCACGACUAAGAAAUGAUGACUAAGCAGCUGUACUGUACCUGCAGCUGAACUCCCUCGGCAUUGUUUAUACGGCUCGUGACGAACCACCUGGACCAAUCACAUUUCAGCUAAUUACCAUAAUACACAUCGCUCCACCAAUGAGCUGGAGGUGGGCGUGGCUGAGCGUUCUCGCGCCGCGGGUAGAACGGCUUGGAGCAGGGUUUGUGUUCCUCAGUGGAGAAUGGCGGCGGCGGCGGCUGCGGCUGCGGCUGUGUGCAGUCCGCUCAGCGCUUGUCCGAGCAGCGCACAUCCGCGGAAAAGCAAAGACACGCGGAAGAGACGAGCAGCUCUGUUGUUUCUCACUAAUAUCUCCCUGGACGGGCGGCCGGUGAUUCACAUAAACAAUGCGGCGGAGUUUGAAGGCACUGAGGUCGGGUCGCCGGCGUCCGGGAGCUACGGUACUUUCUCUAACCUGGCUUCAGCGAGUGCACUCCUGAGUGUGCCUCCUAUUCUCGUUCUGCCCUCUGACUCGGAGUACGAGCAUGCUGAGAGCGCAGAGACAUUUCCGGGCUCGCUGUCCUCCUCGCAGGGGAACCUGCUGUCCCCCUGCAGCCUUCAGCCCAGUCCUGUGGGAGCGCGGAAGUCCCCGACCCUGCUGUCCGUCCAGAGCUGCGCCUCUUCUCUGGACUCCCGACAGAGGACACGCAACCUGUCAGGUUCUCACUGGUCCCGCUCCUUGAAGAAAGUUCACUUCGUUAAGAACAUGAGACAGUACGACACCAGAGGCAGUAGGAUCGUGCUUAUCUGUGCCAAGAGAUCACUGUGUGCUGCGUUUUCUGUGCUGCCAUAUGGAGAGGGCUUCUACAUAAGUGACCCAGCCCUCAGCACCCCCAGGCGGAGGCACUCAUCUGGGGGGAUUUCCACCACACUAGAGAUGCUCCCUGGCCUGGAGGGGGUGGAGCUUGGCAUGUAUGGCAGGACGGUGUCUUAUGCCCAGUUUCUGUACCCCACCAAUGCACUGGUUCGUGAGAAGCCACCAGAAAUCGCUCUGCAGAUGCCCUACUCCAGAAACAGCAUCCCAUGCACCAGCUACCCUCCAUCACGCCUCAACAGCACUGUAGGCUUCGACUUGGGCCUGGAUGACACUGAUUAUGACCCCAACCUGCUAAGUGACCCGCAGUGGCCUUGUGGGAAGCAUAAGAGAGUCCUGAUCUUUGCCUCCUAUAUGACUACAGUAAUAGAGUAUGUGAAGCCAUCAGAUUUGAAAAAAGACAUGAAUGAGACCUUUAAGGAGAAAUUUCCUCACAUCAAGCUCACGCUCAGCAAGAUCAGAAGUUUGAAGCGAGAGAUGCAUACGGUGGGGGAGGAGUGUGCUCUGCAGCCGGUCACCAUUGCCAUGGCAUUUGCGUACUUUGAGAAGCUCGUCCUUCAGGGCCGCCUCAACAAGCACAACAGGAAGCUGGUGGCCGCCGCUUGCCUCCUGCUAGCUGCCAAAAUCAGCAGCGACUUCAAAAAACAAGAAGUCAAACAGCUGAUUGAUAAGCUGGAGGAGAGGUUCCGUCUUAGCCGGCGUGACCUGAUCGCCUUUGAAUUCACCAUCCUGGUGGCUCUGGAGAUGGCCCUCUACCUUCCCGACAGCAAGGUCAUGCCACACUACCGCAGACUGACCCAGACGCCCUGCUGACCUGCUUGUGUUUAUCAGUGCUGGUCCAUACGAGAGGAGGGAAAGGAAAAGGUCGCCAGUGGCACAUGUUAAAGUUUAGCAGUUGUCAGUGGGGAUGUAUAUCUACACUAAGCUCUGGGGAUGAGAGAGAAGAUCUAUUUACACUCCGUCAGGCUAGUACUGAGUCUGUGUGUUUUAUAGUUAGUAUUAACUUCUGUUAUAGUUAGUAUUUAACUUCUGUUCUGGGGGAGAUUAUAUGGCAGGAAUACUAGACGAAGAGAAGGUUUUAAAUCAAUUCUAAGCACUCAGAUAACAAGGGAAGCCUUUUCCCAGAUCCCGCCUGUCUGUCUGUGUGUCUGUCUGUGUGUCUGUCUGUGUGUCUGUCUGUGUGUCUGUCUGUGUGUCUGUCUGUGUGUCUGUCUGUGUGUCUGUCUGUGUGUCUGUCUGUACGUCUUCCACAUCAGUUUGCCUAAAAUAACUUUUUUUUUUUUUUUUUUAAUUUUUAUCUGUAAUUUAAAGCAGAACACUCCUUUUUCACAUACCUGCACACUGUAUUACAGCCUAACAGAACUUACACUCUCUACAAUGAUUAUAUUCAGGCAUUUCCCACAGUAUAGAAAGGUUUUAUUCAUCUGUAUGUUAUGCAGUAUAUGAAUUUUUGAACACAGAUUAUAUUAUUGCUAUCACACGCCUGUAGCAGUAGUAUGUGAUCAGACUCCGUUUGCAGUAUUUGGUCAUGUUCUGGGUUCUAUAAGAGAUUUUAAGGCUCUGGAUUUAAAAAGUGCUCUAUAUUAGAGCUGAUUUGAGCUAAAGUGCAUUUAAUGUGCUUCUCUGUUUUAUUAUUUUCUACUUUUAAACUUAAUUGGCCUUUAAAAUAUAGAGUGUGGCCCAGUAUAUUUGCCCAAAGGUAUUUAUGCUUUGUUUAUCAUGGUUAGAUAAUAGCUACAGUGUCACUGUGAACAUUAAUAUGUAUUUAAUGGGGCACUCAAUACAAAGCCUGCAGCACUUCCUGUUCUUUUAGGAUGCUGAAAAGCACAGAUUAAUAAUAGAGAUUUACUCUCUAUGACAACCCUAAUGUAUCACUGGAAUGGUUUCAUUUUGCUUCUUGUCUCCGAGAUUUACUUGGACACUCUUCAGUCGCUGUGAAGCAGGAGCGUGAAACAUAGUGCCUAGUAAACAUGAAAAGCUUUUGGAUGCGUGCUGUAAAUUAAAAUCAAUUUUUUUUUUUAACUCUGUUAUUCCAGUAGGUGGCAAAAUAGAGUAAUAAACUUCAUUUCAUUAGCAAACUGAAAAGUUGACGCUGCAGCCACAUCUCUUUCCAUAAGAACUAGUUUAGGGUUUUUCCAAGCAGGGGAAAAACCCUAAAAAAAAAAAAAUAAAUAAAUAAAAAUAAAUUUUAAAAAAAGGGCAAAUACUUAUGCAGUCAUAACCUUUUACAAUUUUUAUUUGUAAACAUAUUUGCAAACUAUACUGAGUCGUGUAGAAUCCUGAUAUAUAAUGUAUGAUGUAUAAUCCUAAUUCAAAGGGGGUGAAUAUUUAUGCAAACCUUAGUGUACAUAUGGUAAAAUGUGUGUUUUAUUUUGGUAAUGAAUUGCAGUCUGUUCAUCUGUAGGCGAUAUGUGUUUAACCUUUCUGAUGAACACAGAUAAAUGAACACAUUUAAGCGGAGUUGUUGAUGUGUUAUUGGUCUACUAAACUGAUUUUUUUGGGUCUGGCCCAAGUGUAAUGAGGAUCGUUACUUAAAAUGAGUUUGGCGCGGCUGCUGUACAGCGUCAGUAUUAAAAGUAUCAUUUCCGUUAUAGCUGACAGUGAGAGACUCUAAUACUCGGGUCAGCCGGCAGUUGUGCUGUGUGUUAAUUAGCAACUUUUAUGCAGGAUUCUCCUUUAUUCUGAUGCCUUUUAACCAGCAUUCACCUUCCCCAAACUAUCUAGAGAUAAAUAGCUUGUAGGGAGCUGCUGUAAGUGAGAACUCAGAAGUAACUAGUGGAAAUAUUUAAAUCCUGAUUCUGCUGUGCUAGAGUAAACCUGCAAAGCUAAUGUGAUAUGUUUUCCCUGAUAUAUAAUGCAAAACUGCUGCAAGGCUCGUUCUUAUUCAUUUGUAAUUUGUGUUUGGUUUUUAUGAAUGCAGCGUGCAAAACCCAUGAGUAAUAUCCUCCACCAUCAAGUGUCAGAUAAAACUCCUUCACACAUAUCAGCUGAUCACAGUUAACUAGAAUCGAAUGGGCACUGAGAUUAAAAAUCUAGAGCACUGUGUUCAUAUCAAGUCUUCCUUCCUUCCUUCCUUCAUACCGUCAUACCGUCGUAUCGUCAUACUCAUUUACAAACGUCUAAUAUACUUUAUUAGCAAACGUUGUGUACUGGUGUUGUGUGUAUGUUUUAUAUAUUGACGAUGUUGUGUGCUCUCUGUAAAAAUACUGUACUCUUCAGAGACGACAACAAAUUCAGACAUUUGCACUUUAACAAAGCGGGAUGUGUGUGCGUGUGUGUGUGUGUGUGUGUGUGUGUUGAACUGCUGAGUUUGCUACAUUGAUUUAAGUUAACUGAGUCUAUGGUAAAUGUAUAAAGCACUGUAGUUGAUAGAAAUGGAGCAAUUCUUCACUGCAGUCUGAAGAGACUGGUACAAUACUUAAUAUUAUGCAAUAUUUUUUGGAAUUGUGUUAACCUGUCUGUGGCAUUUAAGAUGCCACCUUUUGUUAAACAUUGGCAAUAAUUCUGAGUUUGAAAAAAAAUUCUUUCGUAGAAGACAUAUUUUUCCAAUUUCAGAUGUUGAGAGCCAGCAUUUAUUUUCCGUUAAUUUUGCUGAUGGUUUUUAUCUUUAAAAUUUGUAACCCAAGCAUUUCAAGUAGAAAUCUAAGCUAAUAUGAGUGUUGACUGAGGACUUGGAUUACUUGGACGUUCAAGUCUCAUUAUAAGUGCCUGAGCAAAUGAUUAAUUAUUUGUCUGAAUGCCAAACCUCAAUAGGAUAAUCAGUAAAAUAUUUCACUGUGAUUUUUUUUUUUUUUUUUGGUUGAAAGCAGCACUAUUUCUCUUCAGUUCUCACUGCACACCGUUUUUCAUUUAAGCAAUGCAGCACUAAAAGGUCAGAUUUGUACUUUUGACUACAUCCGUUAAUUUAGUAAAGCACUGAUUCAUUCCUGUGUCAGAGCAGAGAAAAAGACCAGCAUGAUAUCACAUGGGUGUAGGUAGAGAUUUAAUAAUUACAGUCAUGCAGUUUUUCUGUGAUUUUUCAUAUUGGACAGGCCAUGUCUAGAUAAUAACGCAGUGUAACCUUCAGUUUCUGAUAAUGUCAUGUGCAAUCUGUAUCUGAGAAAUACUAUACAUUCUCUAAUCCAUGCAGCAUCCAUUCAAUCAAUAUCCAAUUUGAAAAAAAAAGGACAAACUGUUUUUUUUUUUUUUUUUUUUCGUAUUUUAUUCAUAGACUGUUUCAGCAUCCAAAUCCUGAAAUCUCAGCAUUUUCUCAUUUUCAGUUUCCCAUUCUUAACAGUAAAACAGCUAAUAAGGAAAAAGUAAAUCUUUAAAUUAAAAAAAAAAAAAAAAAAUCUCUUUUUUAUCGACACACACAAAGAUCAACAGCAGGGGGAGAUAUGUGGAUUUGAACAAGGACGAGGCGGGAAUAAUAACUAAAAGAUGUAUGAAGGACAGCGUCACUGGAGCCGUAUACAGAUGUCAGAAUGAUGGAAUGACAUACACUGAUAUGUUUACCAAUCUGGCUCAACCCAGGAAAAGGGCAAGUGGAUGACAGUGGCAAUAGAAAUGGCAGUGGCCAUGGAGAUAAGAGUUAAAUAUGUUGAGGCAACAAUAUCAAUAUAUCAUCACUUGUCCUUUCUUCUGGGUCAAACCAUGAACUUUCAUAAUAUACACAGGAAAUUAUGUAUAUGAGCUAAUAUUCUAAAACAUCAUAUUCAGAGUCUAGAUUGUUCACUAAAAUAGAAAAAAAAAAUGUUUUUGUAAAUUCAUAGCCAAGGCAAUAAGUGAGUAAAUUCAUAAAUCAAGUAAUUUUUGUUUGUUUGUUUGUUUUUUCUUGUUUUCAAAAUGGCUAUAGAUUGAAAAGAUGAUGCAGGAAAUGUCUUUGCUUGACUGAGUUCUUUGUGUGUAUGUGUGUGUGUGUGUGUGUGUGUGUGUGUAUGUGUAUGUGAUGUAAAACUGCUUUCAUAUGUAUUGUACCUGUACCUGUAUUACGAGUAUUGUUUGUAAGAGAAAUUCUUAAGAAAGAGCACUUUCAAAUAUAUAUUUUCUGAUUUCA